CUUAGAUGUCCGCAUCUUUUUAACUGUCACUAGAGAGAGGAUCUCAGACAAGAGAAUAAGCCAGGACAUCUUGUACUUCUAGGUUCCUAGUCUCUUGUUUAGAUAGAGACUAUUGUCCUCACUGGAGAGAGAUUUUUCAGAGACUAGACGCCAGAACUACUUGAUACCAACGCCCGCAGAAAUGAUGAUGACGCGACUUCGCUGCUCCUCGUCCUCUCAUGUCCGCGUUGCUUCUUAUGUCGUUGCUGCAGUCGUUGCCCUUUUACUCUCUGCGGAUGCGGUGAAUGCAGCUAUCACAAAUGGCGAAGCAGAUUUUGCUGUACCCCAUUUUAUCGGAGAUGUCGGGAAUGUUAAGGCGUUGCAGAUUCAUAGAAGAUGUUGGGAAUUGCAUUCGUUCAUGUUCAUCUUUCUGAUACUAGUGGUAGAGCUAGAAGACAUACUACCCCUAUUUUUCAGACUAUCGCUCUCUGUGGGUCUGGGAUUGGUAAUCUCCGUGUCACCACUCAAAGGGUUUGGAGGAUGAACAAUUUCUAGGAGUCUAUGGUUAGGUACAAAUGCAAGGUUAUCUAAGAAAGCCUUUCAGGAUACAACGUAGUGACAAACUCAGAUACAUAGUGACAAGGUUAUCUAAGAAAGCCUUUCAGGAUACAACAUAGUGACAAGGUUAUCUAAGAAAGCUCUCCAGGACACAUAGAUCUGUCUAACACUGGCUAUCGACCUGAGGUGGCGCGUCAACCUUCUUUUGUUACUCGGACUUGUUCCACUUUGUCCGAUAAAGCGGUCGGCUGCUGUGAGGCAGGGAGACGACAGUUUUGUGGCGACGGACUAGAAUUAAGGCAGAAGUUUAGAGUGAUUCAUCUCUAACUGUAUAGGCAGAAGUGUAGAGUGAUUCAUCAUCAUCUCUAGCAACUGUAUAUUUAAUUGGAACAACUCCUGAUGAAAAACAUGAAAGCUAUACUUGAGGGUUUCCACAUUGAAUCCUUCACCACCAUGUUUUUCCUCAUCAGUAGUUCCAGUUUAUUACGAAUUAUCAAUCUACUGAAGCGAAAGAGAUGAACAACAUGAAGCUAGAAGAUGAAAUCUUGUGAGCUCUAAGAGAAGGAUGCUUUUCUUUCUUGUGCUGUACAGGAACUACUGCUACAGGAACAACAGGUGCUACUUCUCGGCAAUUUACAACUUCUUCAACUUCGAGGUUAGAGCUGCAAAUAGAACCAACCUCAUCCUCUUCAAGGAAAAAUAAAAAGCCUCAUACUGCUUUCAAGGCCAACCUCAAGGAGGGAUCUUGUAAAUUGAGAGAAGUGUCCUGCACAAGAGGUCGAUGCCCUUGCAGCUCGAUUUUGUCCUGUUGUUUGCCUUCCCAGCAGCUUCGGAUCUUGAAGUUUCGGACGAAAAGCGUGUCCUUCAAGUUCCCGAAAGGUCAUUAUCCUUGUGGUAUGGAUGAUGUUUUUUCUCCCAUCUUUAACAGACCAGGAUCGAGGCUGAUGCUCCUUUUCCCCUUGCAAGUGUAUUUUAGAUUCAAGGGGAACCUCAAUGGUCUGGCUAGAUGGAAAAACCCUCAUCCAUAUGUGGAUCCGCAGAGAGAAUUCGAAGGCGCUCUCUAGCAGGCGUGACGGGAGUAGAUUAAGGCCGCUUGUAUAGUUGUGAAGUAAUUCAUGGCAUAAUUUCCUCUGCUGCUAGUGGUACUUAGUCCUUGGACCGCUUCAGGAGCUGUUUCCUCGCUGUGAUAGUUGAGAAGAACUAUCUGAGGUGCACUGAUGGCGAUAGCAUUGGCUGCCCACUUUGCUUGUGUGCAAUCAGUCAACGCAGACGUUUGUGCGAGUAUCUAUUGGGGUCAAAGAGAAAUCAAUGAUUCAGACGUUUUCUUGCUCUCCCUUUUUCUGUUGAGUUAUGUCCUCCUUAGAAGCAAGAUCAGCAUACCUAGUAUGACAUGAAAAUAUAGGAUCAUCAUGUGAAUUAAUGCGUAUAAUCAUGUUGCCAGCACUAAUUAAUGCAGGAUACAGACACGACUUGGCGAGCAAGUUCGUGCUUUCCUGCUUUGAUUUUCACCACAUCAGCAUCGGAGCAGGAAAAACUUUCCUUGAUAGAAGCUAGAAGCACGAGCUGCAGUAGCAUAGAUGAAAGCUUGGAGGAGGCUCGACUUGUGGGUGUGGAGGCUCAACAACGUGGACGAAGCCUAGAAGGCAACCAUCAUGUUGGGGAAGAUCAACAACAUCUUCAACAUCAAGAACAAGUUCAGGUUGGGGAUCUUGGAAACACACCAGGAAACACACCAAGGAGGCAUUUUCGAGAUUCGUUACUUCCACAACGACCGCUUGACGAGGACAUUUCGACUUCUAACCUUCAACAGCACGACGAGCGCCGUUCUUCUAACUCCAAUGAUUCAUUCUAUAUUGAUCACAACGAUAUUGGACUACAAGAAGACGGUACAGAAAUAGAGGAAGCAUCAUCAAUGAUCUGUGAGGAAGAGGAAGAGCAACUGGAUCAAGACCGAGUACGCGUCUACCUCCAUAAGAGGGACGAUGCUCUUAGAGAGGUACUUCGAUCUAUUAUGUCUGUCCAAGUCCAUCUUUCUCGGCAUGAUCUUGGAACCCAAUGGAAGAUAAUAUCACGGGGAAAACGGAAGAUAAUAUCACGGGAUCUUUUCUUCCUUUUGCUCCUCCUGGAAGAAUUUUUGGUAGUUGUUGAUGUUCCCAUGUUGGAAGAAUAAGACAAGAAAAAGAUUGGGCACACUACUGCCACUACUACUACUACUACUACUACUACUACUGCUAGUGCUACUCCUACUGCUACGACUAAUAUGGAGGGGGGCCGUGAAGAUGGAUCCAAUUUCAAGGUAACAGCUCUAAUUUUCGAUCAAGCUCAAAAAGCAGUGUAGUUCCUGUGGAUCUUAGUAGAGCUGUUCGAGACAAGAGUAUCCUUGUGGAAGGCCCUGUCGAUAAUGUGGAUCGAGCAGCGUCAAGAUUGUCUUUGUCGCAAAGUGGAACAACGAGAAGUAGAGCGCCUCGAGGUAGAGCCGAAGGAGCUCUCCGCAACACAGCCAACUGCUUAAAAGGUACAAGCUAUUGCCUCUUUCAGACCAGUAAUUGCGUAACGAGGGAAUGCGUGGUGCCAGUGUGUCGCAACCUUGUAGUCCCAGUAGCAAGUGCAAGUUGCCGUUUGUGUAUCAGUGGUUUGGCGAAGUUGUUUGCAGAGUGUUGCUCGAUUGGCGACAAAAGAGAUCAAGACCAAGGAGAUAAACGAGACCAAUUACAAGCACAUCUAGAAGAAUCUUUGGUCUUAAGGCUAGCGCAGAAGCAUCCUCAACAUGAUCCUUAAGGUCUCUUUUUCGAGGGGAAAAAGAAGUAUCCUCCAAGGAUCGACAUGACAGUCAAACAGGAAGUUGCGACGCAGCAGCUCUAAUAGUUGAAGAGAUUCUUCUUGACGAUAGUAUUUCUAGAGGAGUGAACGAACAACCACAUGAGAAGAUGCAAAGUACUUGUACAACUACGACUAGGGAUAUGUCGACGAGCAUGACAGGGCUAUUGUUACUAGAGCACGACGAGGGCGGAAGACAAGCAAGUUCGUCUCAGGAUCCUCAAGGAACAGUAACAAAGUGUGAGGACGUUGCGACAAGUAUUAUGGCUCUUACUAAUACUUACUUCGGUUUUAUCCUCUACUUCCACGUCUAACUAGGAGGACACCUAUUUUUUGGCCCUCAUUAUUCAAGCUCUAAAAGUGCUACGAGUCUGGUCUUCGACAAUUUGUUCGAAGCGACGAUUUGUUCGCGUGACGGAACUAAUGUCGCUUCUACUGACGGGAGUAUUAUACAUCCAUUCGCUCUAUCGUUGAGGCACCGUGGUGGGCAUCAAGCUGCAGCGGAAGAUGAUGUUGACAGUAGAAGUUACGUAUCUAUACUUUUGCAUAGCGUUCAUCUGCGCAUACAUUGCGUUCUGCACUUGCGUCUCCCUUGUGAGCUUGACCGCUUCUAAAAAGAAAAGAGAAAUACCUCAAGAAGAUAAUGAGAUCCGGACCACUCCAACUCUGUGGUAUUGACCUUUUCUAAAAAGAAAAUCGACCUUUUCUAAGAAGAAAAUAGAAAUACUUACAACUUUAGGGAAGUAGAUGUUCUGCAGAAUGCCAUGCGGAAACCUGUUCUAAAGUGGAGAGGAAGAAGAAGAUUUGGUAGAUCACGUCGCUGCAGAACAAGGUAACAAUUCGUCUGACGAAGAUGGCCAUUCUGGCAACAAUAGCCGCACAAGCAAAUGGGAUGAAACCAAUAGCGAUUUUUUUGAACCAUUUGAUAGAUGUUCGAGUACUGACGGUUCUGAAACGAGGUCACGGAGAACGCCACUUGUGGAUAUUGUGGAUACAGGGGCUGGAGUCAGGCAUUUUUUCAUUGGAUCGCCAGAGGUGAGUUAUGGUCGAGAUGUAGGACGAGUAGGUACAACUAGUGCGACAGGCGCAGGGGAGAGCAGAGUAGAGACAGAGACCAGGCUUCAACACAGGUCUGCUCCAAUGAACGAGCGUCGCGAGGACACUGGUCACCACGAUGCAGCUGGUCACCAAGACCAUUCCCAUAAUGCUAAUCAGGAACUACAGGGCUUGCCUCAAGUACCUUGUUCUAUUACUGAUUUGGAAACGAAUGAAGAUAAGUCGUCACCGAAAUCAGUGUCGGAGAAAUCAUCUUCGAGCAUCUCCAGGAAGUCGAUCGCGUCUCGGCUUACGCCAACCAUUAUGGGUUCACCAAUUUGAAUUGCAGCCUUCACAAUCAUCAACAUCCCCGGUGACUCUUUUUGUAGUAGGAAAGAGGUGAGGGGUGAUGUUCUGAAGAAUGUUGUAGUGAUCUGAAACCUUCUAGUUCUAAAGAGAGGUCCUCUCGCUUAGCCUCAGGCGUGCGUUUAGCCUCCUCUAUGAAGAGUUUUAUGGCGUCGGCCAAGGAAAAGGUGCUGCCGAAGGAAAAGGUUUUGCCACAAGGGAUACAGGACCAAAGGCAAAAAGGGCAACAAGACGAACAACAAAAACGACAACAGAAGGACAGCAAUGGCUCCUCCUUCUCGUCUAGCGGUGCAACAAGCUCAAGAAUGAAAAUAGAACCGACGACGUCGAAAGCCGAACGCGGCUCCCCUUCGGCGAUGAGAGAUCAUGAACCUUCG